AUGGCAGACGCUACUACGACCAAAGCUUCAGGUGGUUUGACUUCUCGCGAAGGAGAAGUCGCUCUUGCUGCUCUUCAGUGUGUCAAAGGUGGUGAUAUCCAGAUCGACUAUGCCGCGCUUUGCGACCGUCUUGGUUUCAAAAACGAGGCUUCAGCGAGGACCGCCUGGUGCGUAGUCAGGAGGAAGCUCUUCACUGACACGAAGUCAUCCACCGAUGAACCGGGCACGCCAAAGGCCAAAACACCUCGCAAAGCCAAAGACUCGAAUGUCGCUACACCAAAGCCAGCUCCAAAGGCUGGUGCUGGUGCCGCCGCCGACAAGGAUGGUGGUGAUCAUGACAACGGUGACGAUGAGAAGAGUGGCUCUGCUCCCGCUGUUGCCGCCGGCGACGCGAAUCGAUCUGAAGGUCAGUCUCAAGAAAACUCGCAACAUGUACAUGUUCAAGCCACGUUUUCCACGCAUCUCAUCGCUUUGGUUACAGCCUCGCAUACUAACGUCCUUGCUCCCUUAGAAGCCCCAACUACACCCAAGACUCCUACGACCCCCAAGAAGCGGUCCCGCAAGACUAAAGCAGAGAAAGAAGCCGAGGCCGCUGCCAACGGUGAGGCUGCUCCAGGCGACGGUGACGAGGACGAGAAGCCGCCGAAGAAGCGGAGAACUCCCGCCAAGAAGAAGGUGACCGAAAGUGAAAACAAUGGUGAGAUGGACGGCGACACUAAAGCUACUCCUGCCAAAGGGAAGAAAGCUUCCACUCCCCGCAAAUCUGCCACUGCUGCCGCCGACAAAGUCACCGAUGCAGCUGGUCCUGGAGAGGAAGAAAUUGCAGUUGUAAAAGUUGCCACCCUGAUCAAGAAGAAGGAUGGUGUCUCAGACGAGCCAGAUGCGUCCCGUACUGCCGUUUCCACUGGUGCCAGUGCCUCCAAAGGGAUGAAUGCCGAUGUCAACGGAAGUGUUGGCGACACAGCGAGCGCAGCUAUCGAAUCCGUUGCGGCCAAAGCCACUGAAGUCCUGGCGAGGGCGGCUGGCGCUAAUUGA